GCCUUUGGGCCUCCCUAGUCUUUUUUUUUUAGUCCUUAGCCUCAUAGGUCUGACUUAUUUACGAAUUGUGGCAGAAGCUCUUUUGGUUCUAUUGUGACCUCCGCUUUUUUUAUCCAGUCCCCCAGAUAUCGGGUCCAACUGUCUGAUGAGGAGGAAGAAACCAGCACAGAGACAGCCCUAGUCUUUGCCUUCUGCUCAUUUUCACCACCGAAUCUUUUAACUAAAAAGCUAGGUAAACCAAGAGGCUUGCCUAUCUUUUUCAUGCUUUGGUUUUUCCAAGGAAAUAUCCCCUGAACUCCAUGUCUUAUAAAACAUAAGGAAAAUGGGGAGUGGGAAAGUUUAUCUUUUUGUGGUAGUAAUGAACUCUUCAUAAAAGUAACAGACACACAACGUUGUAAGUUUUUAAUCUCUAGAAUAAUGCAAUAAUGCCUCUUUUUCCUCUCUGACAUUUGAUUUUCUACCUAUCCUGUAAGCUUCCCUCCACCUCUCUCCACAGGCUAAUGUACAUCUGUUCCCUUCCAUUAGAAGAUCUGAACUCUACUAAUAAGUAGUUUUGGUUGCUCUCAGAAAUGGACAUAAUCUGAAUAAUAUAUAUAAUAAAUUUGAAUGGCCCUUUAUAAUUUAAAUGAUUCUUUUAAUACGUAAUAUAUUAAAUGCUUCUUUUCCAAUACAGUCCCACAUUUAGUGCUACUAUAUAAUGAUAUAUAAUGAUAUGGUUGGUUAUUUUAGGGUUGAGGGGGCUCUCUUUGACCUAUUCCAGCUUCUAGGGUUGCUUGGAGCCCUAGUGGUUCAGUGGUUAAGAGCUUGGCUGCUAAGCAGAAGGUUGGCUGUUCAAAUCCACCAUUCCCUCCUUGGAAACCCUAUGGGGCAGUUUGACUCUGUCCUAUAGGGUUGCUAUAGUUGGAAUUGACUCGACGGCAAUUUGGGUUUUGGUUUAGGGUUGCUUAGUAGAUCCAGUAAUAUUCAAUCUCUUUUUAUUAGAGUCAUGUGAUAAGGAUGUAAAUACGGACUUAAAAGCUAGUGUCAAAAUACAGUUUAAUUCCUCUGUGCUGUCAUCUCCUGGGGGGAUGAUCCAAGCAUAUCUGAAGUGUUCUUUUUAUCACCCAGAUGCUUUAUAGUUCUGUAUGGGUAGGGCUGUGACCUCAUUUUCUGUGGCAGAGAAGACUACCACAGGAAAUGGGGCUAUGACCCUAACUGGCUAAUUAUAAGAGAACCCUGCAGCAGGGAGAAACCUGCCCUCUGAGUCAAGGUCUUCCUCUACCUACUGUCGGCCUCUGUUCUCAGUCCAUAUGCUGCAGUGCAUAACUAUGCAUGACAGAAUUUUUUUCUACUACAUUUUGUGAAUAGAGUCCUGCCCUCAACACCCCUGGCAAAUUUUUUCACAGAAUCGAUCCUGCCAAUGCUGUCAGUGCAACCCCUUUUAUUAACACGGUAAUUUGCAUCGUGAAUGAUCCACGAGUUUUGGCUAUUGCCACAUUUUGUAGACUACCCUGGCUUGCUGGCUGUCAUCCCCUAUCUCCUAUGUUCUGGGUCUGGCGAGGCUUUCUGCAGUUCACAAUUUCCCCACUCUGCCUCUGCCUCAAAGCUCUUAUUUAUUUGUUUUCUUUGCCACUUGGUAUCAGUGUUGUCAUAGGAAUGUUGUCUUUGGUUAAUGUGCCAACAUGAAUUUCUGCAAGCAUUUUUCUGGGGACUGAACUUUCUUUAAAAAAAGGCUUUGGUGAAUCAAUCCAGUGUUAUGGGACACUUUAUGUGCAAACUGUUGGAUGGGAAACUAAUUUGCUCUGUAAACUUUCACCUAAUGCAUGAUAAAAAAUGAAAAAAAAAUGCAUAUGUGUAUAUCCCUACCAAUCUCAUAUCUCACACAAUUAUAUCACCUUAAAAAGCUUUAUAAUUUUUUAAAAUAAAAAAAAACCCAUUGCUGUUGAUAUAGUAUUUUAUAAAUACUACAUAUGUAUAUAUACACCACUUUAAAAAAAAGACCUCGGUGUUUGUGGUGGAAGGUACUGAUUGAUAGAGCCGAGACUGUAAUAUGGUUUGGCCAAUAAGCAUUCAUUCAUUCAUUUUUACAGUUAUUUAUCGGGUGAGGAGAUGAAUAAAAUAAUUGAAAAACACCUGGUCCCUGCUUGCAAGGAAUUUAUAGGGAGAGACAGGGCGUACUCAAAAACCGUAAUGUGAUACAUGUCAUAAAAGAGGUGGGGUUUGUGGGAGAUCAGAGAGAUACUUUCUAGUUAGUGAUAGCAUGAAAAGAACCAAAUAUUUACCAACCCACCUUCUCACUGCGGCCAAUAUUUUUCCCACGCUAGUGUGGUAAACAUGCAUGCAAGCACUGAUUCACUGAAUUACUGUGUUUACCGGGCACCGUGCCAGGCUCCUAAAAUAGAAGUCAAAUAACAGAAUCUGCCCUGAUGGAGCUCACAGGCCUGUGAGGAUAAAGUAAAUGGUCAGUGUUCUCAGACUUGGGAAAAUUGGGGUGACACAGGAAUCCUGCUUGUGGAUAAGAGUGAACCCAUGUCUGAGGUGUGAAUGUGAAUGGCCCAAGGGGCUAAAAGUUGUGGGACUGAUUUGUUAAAAUGUUGAUCGCCAGGAGAUCUGUUAUCUGAGCUAAGCCUUUCUUCACAUAUGACCUGGAAGACUUUCCCUACCAGUUUUCCUCCAAGUAGAAAAGAUUCCAUUAUGUGUAAUUUAAAUUCUACAUUAAGAUUCAUCAACUUGGUAAUCCUUGAGUGAUGUAGGAAAAACCCUUGGCUGGUCACAUCCCCAUAAAGGGGACAUAGAAUGAGUGAAGAAGAGGAUUGGCAGGUGCAGCAGCUGCAUCAAAGAUCUCUCCUAAGGCCCUUCUGUACAGUACGAUUUGCAACAUCGGGCCAACUAGAAACUCUCAGACAUUUCCACAAUAGAUUCCUCUGUGCUUUGCUUAGAAAUUAAAGGCCUGUUAAGUCUUUAACCAUAGCAAAGCGCCAUACUCCCCAGCCUUCUUUUUUCUAUCCUGACUUGAUUUCUCCUUUCCCCACCCAGGCUUGUUGGCUUUGUUCCUACAGGAGUUGGUGCCAGGAAAACAGAUGCUACCUGGCAGCAAGCUGUCAGCAGCUUUAUGUUCCUUGUGCAACAGCUGCAGGCAUAUGUGGCCUGGGUGAACGCACAGCUGAAGAAGAGGCCAGCAGUGAAGCCAGUGCAGGACCUGCGACAGGAUCUCCGGGAUGGGGUGAUCCUGGCAUACCUCAUCGAGAUUGUUGCGGGAGAAAAGCUGAGUGGGGUACAGCUGAGUCCCAGUAACCAACAGGAGAUGAAGAAUAAUGUAGAGAAAGUGCUACAUUUUGUCACCUCCAAAAAGAUUCGUAUGCACCAGACUUCCGCUAAAGAUAUUGUGGAAGGAAACCUCAAGUCUAUCAUGAGGCUGGUGCUUGCCUUGGCAGCACAUUUCAAACCUGGCUCUAGCAGGAUGGUGAGCCAAGGACGGGACUCCAGCACCCCUCUGCAGAGUCACCAGCCACACUGUGCCACUGCUGUGGCCCAAGGGGCAGCUGCUGCUCUGGCCGAUGUGUGUCAUGACGUGUCACGGUCAGGACGGGAUGUCUUUCGCUACAGGCAGAGGAACAGCGUGGGUGAGGAGAUUGAGAAUCCAUACUGGAGUGUGCGAGCCCUGGUGCAGCAGUAUGAAGGACAGCAAAGGUCCCCGUCUGAGUCCAGUUGCUCCAGUCUGACUUCACCCAGUCCAAUCCACAGUGCAAAGAGCGAAUCCAUUAUAACCCCGUCAGAGGAGAAGGUGGAUUCUGUGAUUAUCCCCUCUGAAGGAAUAGAGAACAGAACAGAGGAGAUAGAUUAUCCAGUAUCCCGAGACUGGCAACCCAGGAGCCCAGGAACCUACCUGGAGACCUCAUGGGAAGAACAGCUGUUGGAACAACAGGAACAUUUAGAAAAAGAAAUGGAGGAAACAAAGAAGAUGAUAUCAGGACUACAGGCCUUACUACUCAAUGGAUCCUUACCUGAAGAUGAGCAGGAGAGGCCUUUGGCCCUCUGUGAACCAGGAGUCAAGCUUGAGGAACAGUUGAUUAUAAUCCAAAGCCGCCUGGAUCAGAGUAUGGAGGAGAAUCAGGACCUAAAGAAGGAGGUGCUGAAAUGUAAACAAGAAGCCAGAAACUUACAGGGGAUAAAGGAUGCCUUGCAGCAGAGAUUGGCUCAGCAGGACACAUCUGUGCUUCAGCUCAAACAAGAACUACUGAGGGCAAAUAUGGACAAAGAUGAGCUGCACAACCAGAAUGUGGAUUUGCAGAGGAAGCUGGAUGAGAGGAACCGGCUUUUGGGAGAAUAUAAAAAAGAACUGGGGCAGAAGGACCGCCUCCUUCAGCAGCACCAGGCCAAGUUGGAAGAAGCACUCCGGAAACUCUCUGAGGCCAGUUACCAGCAGGUGGAUCUAGAGCGGGAGUUGGAACACAAAGAUGUCUUCUUGGCUCACUGUAUGAAAAGAGAGGCAGAUGAGGUGACCACCUACAACAGUCACAGCUCUCAAAGCAAUGGCUUUCUCCUUCCAGUGGCAGGAAAAGGAGCUGCUGCAAUCACCCACAGAGGGACAAGUGACCUGCAGCUUUUCCGAGACGCUCUCCGCAGCCUGCGCAACAGCUUCAGUGGCCACGAUCCUCAGCACCACACCAUCGACAGCCUGGAGCAGGGCAUCUCCAGCCUCAUGGAGCGCCUGCAUAUCAUGGAGACCCAGAAAAAACGAGAAAGGAGGGUUCGGGGCAAGUCACCCAGAACUCAAGCAGGCAGCGAAUACCAGGAGUCCUGGCCCCCUAAUUCAAAGUUGCCUCACUCACAGAGCUCACCAGCUAUCAGCAGCUCCUGCACUAAAGUGCUCUAUUUCACCGACCGGUCACUUACUCCCUUCAUGGUCAAUAUACCAAAGAGGUUGGGGGAGGUGACACUGAAGGAUUUUAAAGCAGCUAUUGACCGGGAAGGGAAUCACCGCUAUCAUUUCAAAGCACUGGAUCCUGAGUUUGGCACUGUUAAAGAGGAGGUUUUCCAUGAUGAUGAUGCCAUCCCUGGUUGGGAAGGGAAAAUUGUAGCCUGGGUGGAAGAAGACCAUGGAGAGAAUUAAUACUGAUGAUUAGAUUAGACUGGGGGCUUGUGGAACCAGGUCACUCCCUGGCUGCUUCACUCAGGAAGGAGAACUAAAUCAGAAUACACUAAGAAGUUUCUAGUUUGUGCUGCCAAAACAGAAGCUCCUCCAAGUGUGAUGGCCACAGACCAGUCCUGUUUCUGUGCCUGGCAUAUUCGGUACUUAAAAUCCCUGUCCAAAUGUAGACUGUGGGUCCUUCUGAAGUUCCUUGUCCAUGGCAACACAGUGUUUUGUUUUACUCUGAGGACAACAAACCGAAGGCCUUAACCAGUGGGGAUGGACAAUCCCGCCUGUUUAGGGGCAUGGCUGCUAUAACCUGGAAUCUAAGAAUUGGAUGCUUCACUCCUGUGUGUUACAGUAUUAUUUUAAUUGGCCUCAGUGGUUGCAGCAAUCAGAGUCCCAGCAUUUGUACUCACAGACAAGGCAAAGGUACCAGCUUUUCUGCUUCCUUGCAGCUAUUGCAAACCAAGAAUAACUCAUGAUGUGGUACCAAAGAUGAAGGCCCCACCCUUCAUUAAUCUUUUGGACUGGACAUGGUUGUUGCUGAAUUGUUGAUUGGAUGGGAAAAGGGCUGCCCAUGUUGUGCUAUACUAUUCUCAAAACCACAAUUAAGACCUUAGGCUGACUCUUGUGUCUUAACUUGUUCUACAGUUUGUCCUUUAGCCCAAAUGGCAUAUUUCAUGUACUGCUAAUUUUCUCUGGGGACUCUUAACUUUAGAGCCAUUUUUUUUUCCCUCCAGCUGAUGAACUUUGUGUUUGAAAGGAAUAAGGAGUGAAAAGCUCCUUAAAAAUCCAGGCGGGUAUGGAAAGGUGCUGCUACCACAUCUUCUUGACUUUCUUUCUCUCGUGACUUUCUUUACCCAUCAGGCUCAUGGCAUCUCCUUUGCAGUCAAAAGGAGACAGACCAUUGAUUUUAUGUUUCUUUGUGAUUUAUGAGUAUUGAGCAUGAAUUACUGGUAUGCCCCUCCUCAUCUCAAGACCAGUAGUUAUUUUCUAUUAUAUAUUUAGUAUAGACUGAGCCUUUAGGGCACUAUAGAAACCACGGGGCAUGGAGCAUGAGUUGUGAAUGGCAGGGUUGAUUCUGGGUGAAAAAAAACAGAAUCCUUUUUCAUAUGCAACAUUUUCAAGUGUAGAAACUAAAGGAGUGAAACUUCCAGCAAUUACUUAGUAACUUAGGUUUUCUCAUUCACUCACUAAGUAUCAUCAACCAAUUAACCAUUAUUACAUAUGGUAUUCCCAAAAGCAUUCUGCCUCUGGCCACCAAUGUACACUGCCAACCGGAAGAGUCAGACAGAUCAGUUCUGGGUUCUUGACCUGUCUGUCUCUAGUUCAUUUCCCCCUUUCAGCCAUUUCAACAGACUACUCUUGGAGCUCCGAGAUGACUUCUUGUUGUUUUAUAUAGAUGUGUCUUUUUAAAUAGCUCAUGUUUGGAGAAUUCUUUUGUACUCAUUUGCUUUUUGUCUGAGAACCAUGUCUGUUUUUAUAACUUGCGUGUGAGUUCUGUAUAUUCUCCCAUUCUGUAUACUGUAUCCAUUUUUUAGGGAACCCAGUAGCUUUUAUACAGGCUCUUCUUACCACCCCUUGUAGUGUCAGAACAAGCUUUAUUUUAUUACCAUGUACUGAUGACAACUACUUCCUGUUCUAAUUCUACCUGCCAAUUUUAGUUGUGGAGGCAAUGUUAUGUAAUCCAUGUGAUUGCUCCUUCAGGAGACAGAAAGAGCUCAAAAGACAUCUUAGUUUCUUUCGUUGUUGUUUACCUGAUAUUCUUGCUAUUGAAGACUUUCUCAUCAGAAAUUGACUGGGAAAGUAAGUCAAAAGCAAGAAUAAUUCAUUGUGAAAGAAAACAGUACCUUCUCAGUUUAUUUUACCCAGGAAGUCUGGAGAAAAAGUCCUCCUGUCACAAAUUUCCUUAUUGUAUGUGUUUUAGUGUUUUGCUAUACGACAGCAUGAGGAUUAUCAGACCAAAAUUUGUUAUUGUAAUUCCAGUACAAUUUAUCUUGAAUGUCUCCUAGAUUGGUUUUUACUUGCCAGUCUUCUUUGAGCAAACAGUCUUACUAUUAUGUGGAAUUUGACUUUUAAGAGAAAAUUAAAUCAGAGGUAAUUUCAGGGUUCCUCUACUUUGUUUUAUAUUGUGUAUCUCUAUGUCCUUUGGAAAAGGAGCUGCGUGGGCUCAGCGCCUCCAUCGAAAAGUAAAGCUGAGUUCAGGGGAAGAGGUGAGACAUUUUUCCCUCUAGCUGGUUUAGCAUAGGUAGUGACUAAGCAUCCCUAGUGUGUGAUCUUUCAUGUAAAAUGUGUUGGUGAUCCUCCUUCCAGUUUCUAAAGGGAGAGAAGCCUUCUGAGGAGGCAUGCUCAUUACUUAUUCUGUUGUAAUCGUCUAUUUGCAUGUACUAUGUGGCUGCACUCUAAGUCCUUGACUUAUGCAUUGUAUUGCCCCCCCCAAGAGGUAUUUUGUAGAAUAGUCUGUCCUGAUACUGCUGGCAUUCUCUUUCCUUGGGAAAAUUAAGGAACCAGAAUGUUUAGAGUUUAUAAAAUAAUCUCUAAGUCACUUUAAAUUAAAAAAUAAGUGACCCUCAAAUAUAAACUAGUAAAGAACUCAAUUCCUUAAAAAGUCUUCUUUAAAACUGAUGACUGUUCUCUUGCUCAGUGGAACACUUUACAGUUUGUGCCUAAAGAAUCCGUGUUAAGUUCACUUGAUGAUGGCAAUUCUACUUACUUACCAACUUUACAGCUCUUUUUGACCAGGAUGGAUGUAAAUUAGGGAAACUAUCUCCAUGCAGUACAUCUAAACUAAGAGGACUCUACCAAAAAGCACUUAGGUCAUCAUUGUAUUUAUUUUCAUUUUUUCCAUAAAACGAGCAUUAUUAUUGCACACUCCUCCUAUGUCUGAAUUUAUGUAAAAGGUAUAGCUUGCUUAAAAUACAUAUAUAUGUAAAGUUAUAUUUUCUUAGAAACAUGGAUGUUUGCAACCAUUGCUUUCAAAGAGAUUAUUUCUGUGUAUUCUCCGUUUUAUGGUAUGUUUUCAUAAAGAUUGUGUUAUAUCAGAGGUUUCUGAUUAUCAAAGUGAUAACCAGUUUUAACUGCCUGUAUGUACCAGAGAUUUGUGUACUAAUUAAAAAAAACAAACUAUGAAAAAAAUGGAGUUUGCAAACUAUUAAUCUUUAUCUUCACUUGCAUUUAUUGAUGAAGAUUAAUCAAUAAACCAUUUACAUUUAAUGAAAGUAAAUCUGAAGUGAUCUCCAUGGUAGUAUGUUUACUCUCUACUUGGAGAGUGAAGAUAAGGAUUACUUUAUUGCCACAGAUAAUUUGCUACUGGUAUUUCCAUGUAAGCACAAAAUAGGUUAUUCUAUCAAAGAGAAUUCACUGAUUUAGUGCUUCG